AUCCUCAUCGGACUUAGACCGGAAGUAUAAAGUAUUCGAAGGAAAUAGAGCGCAGAGAUUGUUUUAUUUUAAAAUUUAAUCAGUAUAUCUUCGAUUUAUUUGUACGGGAAGUUUUCUUUUUCCUGUUUAAUAUCCGAAGGAGCAUAAAAAUAACCUUUUUUUUUGGGGAUAUUUGGCAAAUUUAUGUUGAGUUUUCCGAUGCUAACGCCGGAGCUGCAAACGGCUAGGUUAAAAACCAGCUUUAUCCGGUAACACCGCAUAAACCUAUUUUUCUUCGUUAUGAAUCCGUUUGGAAGUCCGCAGGGUGGAGCUUUCCAGGCUCCCGGUAGCUCCAUGAAGCCCAGUCUCUUCCAGGUUUUCGGACAGCAGAAUUCCAGCGGAUCUCAGGGACAAAGUUUUGGUUUCCAGCAGCCACCUGCCUUCGGACAGCCGUCUGCUACGCACCAGUCUGCAGCUCAGGGUGGUUCCAUUUUCGGACAGCAAUCUGUAGUGAAUCAGCCUGCCACUCAGGGUGGGUCCAUAUUCGGACAAGGGUCCGCUCUUAACCAACCUGCAGCAAAGGGUGGCCCCCUCUUUGGGCAGCAGUCUGUCGUUAAUCAGCCAGCCGCUCAGGGCGGUUUCAUCUUCGGGCAGCAGUCUUCAAUAAAUCAGCCUGCAGUUCAGAGUGGCUCCAUCUUCGGACAGCCAUCCACAGCGAAUCAAACUGCAGCCCAAAGUGGUUCCAUCUUCGGACAGCAAUUGACAGGGAGUCAACCCACGGCCCAAAGUGGUUCCAUCUUUGGACAGCCAUCCAUAGGGAGUCAACCUACGGCUCAAAGUGGUUCCAUCUUCGGACAGCAAUCGACAGGGAGUCAACCUACGGCCCAAAGUGGUUCCAUCUUUGGACAGCCAUCCAUAGGGAGUCAACCUACAGCUCAAAGUGGUUCCAUCUUCGGACAGCCAUCCACAGGGAGUCAACCUACGGCUCAAAGUGGUUCCAUCUUCGGACAGCCAUCCACAGGGAGUCAACCUACAGCCCAAAGUGGUUCCAUCUUCGGACAGCCAUCCACAGGGAGUCAACCUAUGGCCCAAAGUGGUUCCAUCUUCGGACAGCAAUCGACAGGGAGUCAACCUACAGCCCAAAGUGGUUCCAUCUUCGGACAGCAAUCGACAGGGAGUCGACCUACGGCCCAAAGUGGUUCCAUCUUUGGACAGCAAUCGACAGGGAGUCAACCUACAGCCCAAAGUGGUUCCAUCUUCGGACAGCCAUCCAUAGGGAGUCAACCUACGGCCCAAAGUGGUUCCAUCUUCGGACAGCCAUCCACAGGGAGUCAACCUAGGGCCCAAAAUGUUUCCAUCUUUGGACAGCAAUCAACAGUCAACCAACCUACAUCCCAAAGUGGCUCCAUCUUCGGACAGCCAUCCACAGCAAAUCAACCUACAUCCCAAAGUGGCUCCAUCUUCGGACAGCCAUCAACAGUCAACCAACCUACAUCCCAAAGUGGCUCCAUCUUCGGACAGCCAUCCACAGCAAAUCAACCUACAUCCCAAAGUGGCUCCAUCUUCGGACAGCCAUCAACAGUCAACCAACCUACAUCCCAAAGUGGCUCCAUCUUCGGACAGCCAUCCACAGCAAAUCAAUCUACAUCCCAAAGUGGCUCCAUCUUCGGACAGCAAUCAACAGUCAACCAACCUACAUCCCAAAGUGUUUCCAUUUUCGGACAGCCAUCCCCGAUGAAUCAGCCUGGAGCCCAGAGUAAUUCCAUUUUCGGACAGCUACAGACUCAGGCCCAGCCUUCUAUGAGUCAGGUUCCAUCCUUUGGAGAGACCUCUGGGUUUGGAAAGCCACCUCCUGCUUUUGGAAGCUCUCAUAUUAUCAUCACCUCCAGUUCCGGGCAGACUUCGUCCGGACAGACGGCCUCGUCUAACGUAUUCAGUGCUGCGCAGAAUGUGAACCAGAACCAGGGGUUUGGACGCCAAGAUUUCAGUUUCAAGCCACCCACAGAGUCUGUAUUCAAACCCAUCUUCAGUAGCAGCCCAGAGUUGGGUAACAACCAAACCCUGACAACUUCUAGCUCGUCUUUUGGAGGAAGCAGCUCACAGAGGGGUUCCAGUUCCACUGCCUUCUCUGCUCUGACUGGAGCCAAGUCUGGGCCGACGGGUUUCAGCUUCACACAGCCAGCUGCAACCUCCUCUGUAUCCAACCAGCCGACAACUGCUAACAGUAAUCAGGGCAGCAGCACUCCUCACUUUACCUUCACCAAACCUGCUGCCCUGCCUGGAUCCAGCUCCACUGGUCCCACUACAGAGCCCACCACCCCAUCAUCCUUCAAUUUCACAGCCAGUGCCCUGCAGACUCAGCCAACUCAAUUCUCAUCGAAUGUUACUUUCAGUCAGACUCCAUCAUUUGGAGGCAUCCACCCUAAGGCAGAGUUUAGUACUGAUGGAAAGGAAGGCGGCACAAAUGUAUUUGGUCGCCUCGGGAAAGCAAUCAAGAGGAAGGAUGAUCCUGCAGCUUCUAGCUCGGGGUUCGAGAAGCCGGCUGCUGAAGAGGAUGCUCCAGCUAACAUUGAUUCACCAAGACAUCCUGCCAAGAGGCAGGUAACGAGGUCCCGUGGUCCUGCGGGCUUGUUUGGCCAGGCGUUGAGCGGGAUCCGUAAGAACCAGGGAAACCCAGUGAAGAGGGAGGCAGCUAACGAGGCUUUGAGACAAAAUCCAAACCUGGAGGAAGAAGAAAAACCUCAGGGGAAUGACCCCUCUGCUCUGCCACCCACUGCACAGAUACCAACCAGAGACGCUGUAGGAAAACCAGAACGAUCAGACACAGUGGUCCCUCCAAGCUCAGUGGCCGAAGCGUUGACCCCCGUCAGCCAAGGAGCACGCAGGGACAGCCUGGACAGUCUCAGCGGGUUGUCUCCCAGCGAUCUCACCACCAUCAUGUGCAGGAACAUUCCUCCAAGCCUUAACAAAAAGGACGUGAUCGAGAAGCAUUUUGCCCGUUUUGGAAAAGUCUGUAAAAUCUUCUGCCGACCCAAUAAGAACCUGGCCAUCGUUCACUUUGAGGACCAUGUUUCCGCUGCCAAAGCAAAAAGGCGAGGAAAAGUCCUGCAUGGAGAGGAGCUGCUCCUCCUCUGGCAAAAGAAGAAGCAAAGUCCCGGUGAUAAAAGCAGCAGAUCUCCGCCAGAAAAGGACAAAUUUGCAGGAGAAAGUCCUAAAGUUGAAGAGCCCAAACCCGGUUCUUCCCCUCUCAGGCGACCCACACUUAUGCCCCCCACAGUCAGCAGCCAUCUCACCUUUAGACAAAGCUCUCCUCUGAGACCGUCUCCAUCCAAGCAGCCGCUGUUUGAUCCAGAGCCUCAAAAAGAGAACCUCACAGAGCCGCAGAGCUCAGAGCGAAAUGUCCCGUCAUCCCUCAGCCACCUCAUAGGACAGUUCGCAGAGACUGCCGAGGAAAGAUACCGCAUCCUGGAGCAGAGAGACAAAGUUCUCCGUCAAGAACGACCAAAGAGGACAGACUUGGACCUGUCCAGGGUUUUUGUAGGGACGUGUCCCGACAUGUGUCCAGAGAAGGAGAGGUACAUGAGGGAAACACGGAACCAGCUCAGCGUGUUCGAGGUUCUCCCAAACACAGAGAUGGUGGAUCAUGAAGCGGCUAUAAAGGAGUACAGCCGUUCCUCCGCCGACCAGGAGGAGCCUCUUCCUCAUGAGCUGCGGCCCCUUCCGGUGCUUAGAAUGACCAUGGACUACCUGGUGACCCAGAUCAUGGAUCAGGCUCAAGACAACCUGAGAGACUGGUACGACUUUGUGUGGAACAGAACCCGAGGGAUUCGCAAGGAUAUCAUCCAGCAGCGCCUCUGCUGCCCCGACACCGUGGCGCUGAUAGAGAAGUGCACGCGCUUCCACGUUCACUGCGCCCACCACCUCUGCGAGGAGCGCCUGUCGUCCUUCGAUGCCAAAAUCAACAACGAGAACAUGACCAAGUGCAUGCAGAGUCUGAAGGAGAUGUACGAGGACCUGGCCACGCAGCAGACCUUCUGCCCCCGGGAGGCAGAGUUCCGCCAGUACAGCGUCUUGCUGAAACUCAACGAUGGCGACAUCCUUCGGGAGGUGCAGCAGUUCCGCGACGAAGUCCGUAAAUCUCCUGAGGUGAAGUUUGCAGUUCAAGCCUUUGCUGCUGUUAGCAGCAACAACUUUGUGCGUUUCUUCAAGUUGGUGAAAAGAGCUUCCUACCUGUCCGGCUGCCUCCUACACAGAUACUUCAACCAGGUCCGAUCAAGAGCCCUAAAGACCCUGAACUGGGCUCACACUGUGGGUCCGCGAUCAACCCCGUUUCCGGUGGACGACAUCGUCCGAAUGCUGAUGUUCCGCAGCGCCGCAGAGGCGACAGACUUCAUCCAGCAAUAUGGGCUCAAUGUUAAUGAUGGGAUGGUGGAGCUGAGUCGGACGUCCUUCCAGGAACCGGAACUGCCGCUGUCUCUGAAGAGGUCCGACGUGAUCCUGGCUAAGAAAGCGGCUCUGAUCGGACAGGUGGUGAACGGCGGUCCACUUCCCAACCCACCUCGGCACACUCCCGUCUGCAGCUUCGACUCGCAGAGCAAAUUCCGAGGAGACGGCGUGCUGACAGAGCCCAGCUUCAGCUCCAUUAGAGCUGACGCUGUGGAGGUCAGCUCCCCGCCCCGCACAGAGGUGCCCACCCAGUUUGCGUUGAUCAAAGCUCUGGAUGCUCCGACCGCUGCAGCUGAGAGGGGAGAAUCGUUUCAACCUGCAGCUCAGCUCUUCCAGCCUAUCCCUCAGCCUGAGCUCAUCAAACCUCCAUCACCUGCACCCAAACCUCAGCCGGUCUACAGCGAGGAGGACAUCAUGGCGGAGGUGGACGCUGUGAUAGAGGAGGUGGUUGGAGCAGAGGUCAGGGCGGUGGCUGAUGGUGGCGCCAGCUACGCCAAAGCUGCUCUCAUGGAGAGCAGUGUGCAGGUGGAGGCUCUGGUGGGUGAGGUGUCAGAACAGAUGUUGAAGGAGAUAUCAGCUACGGAGAUCAAGUUAGAGCAAGAGCGACUGGCUGAAGAGAAACGCAGACUCGAAGAGGCCAGGAGGAGGCAGGAGCAUGAAGCUUUCCUGAUGCAGUUCAGUGGUUCUCUCUGCACAGAGAUUAUCCAUGAGGUGGUUGACGAAGCUGUGAAGGAAGCCGCCACCUCUGAGAUCCAGGAAGCAUUAAAGGAGAAAGCGGUGCGUUUUGCUAAAUGCACCGAGCAGAUCUGGAGCAGCUUGAUUGAGGAGACUUUGAACUCAGACAUGGCCCAGCUGGCAGAAGAAGUUCUGGAGGCGGAGAAGGAGCUGAUCCGCAAGUUCAUCAAAAGGUGGCGUGAAGUGGUCGCAGUUCGCCGUCAGCUGAAGCGACAGAUGAGAAGUUUUCCUGCGGCGCCGUGCUGCGUGGACCCCCACUUCAAGCUGAGGGCCCUCGCUCCCAGCGCCCCCGCACGGCCCUCCAUGGCCGAUCUGGCUCGAGGUCUCGUGAACCUGGGGAACGGCGGCUUGUUGGCCGUGUCUAGCACCAGGUUGUUAGAAAUGAGACGAAGCGCCGUCCACCAGAUGAGAGUCCAUUUCUACUAUCAGCAGCUGCUUGAGGAGAAGUCCUGGAAGCCUCUGGAUCUACCAGCUCUGGCUACAGAAAACGCUCCAGCCUCCAUUGACAGGAUCUUCUGGAAAGCUCUGCUGCUCUUACCCAGCGAUCAGGAAUGCAAGGUUAGCCCAGCAGACAGGAUCCUUUCAGAUUGGCUGGAGGUGAAACUGGGGCGUGAUCCAGAAUGUGAGGAGGAGGAGGAGACAGACGGGAGCCUGAAGACGCUGUGCGUCUCCAACAGUCUGCAGGAAAAGGGAGAGGGAACUUAUAAAGUCCACAUUACAGUCAAGGCUUCCAGAGGUCCUCUGACGACAGCCGGCCUUUCUGGAGCGGAGGAAUUCUGUGAGCUGCAUGGCACCAGAGCCAUCAUCAUGCUGCUUCCUGGGCAGCCCCUCGUGGAGCCGGAGCAGGAAGAGCAGGACGUUCCUCUGCUCUCUGCUCUGCUUCAGCUCAAACAGCUGCAGCAGAUCAACAGCUGGAACUGCCCGCUGCCUCUGGUCAUCUUGGUACCCUGGCCCCAUAGUGAUGCUGACGCCCAGAGACUAGAGGAAGCCCUGAAGCUUCACGCUCUGAUUAAAGAAGAGCUCAUCUCUGAGUUCCUGCUCGUCUUCAUACCAGAUUCAACCAGUGACCUGCAGGGAUCCGAGCAGCUGACCCAGGCCGUCCGCUGGCUCCUGGGCCGCUCGCCACCCGCCCCCCCUCUGUCCUGUCGGACCCUGGUGCAGCUCAUCGAGGCCAGUUUGAGUCAAGAGUUCUGUCCCAGAGUUUACUCCAACCGGCAGAAUCGUGCCGCCGUGAAGCUUCCCUGGCAGGAGGCGGCGCCCGUCGUCCAUCUGUAUAACGCCGUCCUGGCUCAUGUUGCUGAUAGAGUCUGCUCCAGGAAUCUCUCUGACCUUUCCUGGCCUCCUGCCGAGUUCAGCCAGCCUGAAACCAGAGAGUUUAUCCCUUAUCUGGGCUGGAACUCUGAGCAGCAUCUUUCAUGGCUCCGUGCGGUUAUCCUCAGCCUGCUGCUGCCGGAGUGGGAGGAAAUACCUGCUGCAGACUCCUGGUCAGACAUCUGCUCCUCCAUCUUUCGUUACGCUUCUAAGAUCCCAGCUUCCCGUCACAGUCAGCCGCUCCUCAUGUCGCGACUGGAGAACCUUCUGGAAAAGGUCAGAUUAAAGGCUCAACUCCCCCAACCCAACAGAUCGAGGCUAACUGGUGGAAAUAUGGACCUGGAAGAGUCGAGGGUUUGCUCAGCAUUCAGACUGAUUCCAUGGGAUGAUGUUGUGCUGAUCUUCAUCGACCACAAACUGAAAGACUGGCAUCCGCCCGGACCUCCUGCCUGUCCAGACGCAGUGACGGAGGAUGGGGAGAUCCUGGUUUACUUCCCCACAGGUUCCCUAGAGGGUUUCAGACCUCCUGCAGAGUGGGCGCAGGCCGUGGAAAAAACCCACCUAGAGAAACAGCUGGAGAGAGACCGAGUGACUCAGCCUUCCUGCACUCCGCCUCCUGCUCCUUUCUUCAGACAGAAGUUGUUCUGCAGCUUGGUGGAGGCCCCUGAGACACCGAGGGCCCCUCUGGACAUCACACACACACCCACAGCAGAGGAGCUGCUGGCCCACAAAGUCCUUCAGAGCUUGGAGGAAGAAAAGGUUGAAAGCAAGAGGAGCUUGGAGCAGCUGCAGCGCUGGCUGGAUGGUGACCCGUUGGACCAGCUGUCCACUCCGCUCUUCAUCCCGUCCUCUACCCUGCUCUCCUCACCCACCAUGAAAGCUUCUCCCUCAGGCAGGAGGGAAGCUGCAGCAGCGACACAGGACCUUCAGAGACCUGAGCUGGAUGAGCAUGUGGACAGGCCUUCCUGGUCCAAACCGCCUCGUGUUCCUCUGGCUCAGAGACUGAAGGAUUUGGAGCGUCAGGUUCUGGCGAGCAGAGAAGAGGAGCUGGCCUGGAGGUUCAAGCUGAGCGGGUUGCUGAGCAUUGUGGAUGACUGAAGAUUUUUUUAGGUUUUUAGAUGGCACCCUCUGAAGAAAUAAAAUCUGGUUUUUAACCAAUACUGUGUUCAUUUUAAUUUGGUUUAGUGCCUUUUUAGUCAAAGUCAGCAUCGUUUCUUUUAUUAGACCAAUGUAAUGUUUUAUUAAAGUACUGAAGAGGUUUUGUUUUUCAUUUUGUGCAAAUAUUGAAUAAAGAAAUAUUUUUAUGUAAA